AUGAGUGAUAUUUUCAUUUCUCCUUCUGAAGACGUAUAUAUCGUUACCGACUUUAUGGCAACUGAUCUCCACACUCCUUUGGAAUCAAAAAAGCUGGAGGAUAGGUUUGCUCAGUUCUUUUUGUAUCAGAUUAUGCGUGGCCUGAAAUAUAUACAUUCGGCAGGCGUGAUUCACCAUGAUUUAAAACCUGGUAACAUUUUGAUAGAUGAGAAUUGCGACCUGAAAAUAUGUGAUUUUGGCCUCGCAGAAGCUCAGAAGACUGGCUUUGACCCGACCUCAUUUUACAGGGCCCCGGAAAUCAUGCUGAUGUGGCAAAAGUAUAAUGAAAAAAUCGACAUCUGGAGUGCUGGCUGUAUUUUUGCUGAAAUGUUGAUGGGCAAGCCUCUGUUUCCUGGAAAAGACUACGAAAAUCAGUUCCGUAUAAUCAUUCAGUUUCUUGGAAACCCACCAGAAAAUAUCGUUGCCAAUGUGGCCUCCCAAAAUGAUUUGAGAUUCAUCAGGUCUCUCCCCGAAUGUCGUCGCGAACAAAUGCACAAGCUUAUCCCCGGGGCUAACGCAAAGGCCGCUGCUUUGCUUGAUAGGAUGCUUCAGUUUGAUCCGGCUGAGCGCAUUUCUGCGUCAGACGCUCUUGACUCCCAGUACCUUGCGUUGUAUCAUGACGCCACAGAUGAACCGACAGCGACAGAGACAUUCGACUGGGCUUCAAUCAAGGCUGACCUGACAUCAGAUGUCUUGAAAACCGCGAUGUGA